UCCGGGACAGGGCUGGACGGCUUGGUACCAUGUGGGAGCUGCCGUGAAGAGUUGUCGGCUCCCUGUGUCUUUAGAAAUCCGCUGGCGUGAAAGAUGACGUCCUUAGCCCAGCAGCUGCAGCGACUCGCCCUCCCCCAGAGUGAUCCCAGCCUCUUAUCCAGACAUGAAGUUGCUUCUCUGCUGUUUGACCCCAAGGAAGCGGCCACCAUCGACAGGGACACCGCCUUUGCCAUCGGAUGCACAGGACUUGAAGAGUUGCUUGCAAUUGAUCCUUCCUUUGAGCAGUUUGAAGCACCGUUGUUCAGCCAGCUAGCAAAAACCUUGGAGCGCAGCGUUCAGACCAAAGCAGUGAACAAACAGCUGGAUGAAAACCUUUCAUUAUUCCUUAUUCACUUAUCACCUUACUUCCUGCUUAAGCCAGCACAGAAAUGUCUGGAGUGGUUGAUUCACAGGUUUCAUAUCCAUCUUUAUAAUGAAGAUAGUCUCAUUGCUUGUGUUCUGCCAUACCACGAGACAAGAAUAUUUGUGCGGGUUAUACAGCUUCUAAAAAUUAAUAGUUCAAAGCACAAAUGGUUCUGGUUGUUACCAGUUAAGCAAUCUGGAGUGCCCUUAGCUAAAGGAACUUUGAUUACCCACUGCUACAAAGAUCUUGGAUUCAUGGAUUUCAUUUGUAGUCUGGUGAUGAAAUCUGUGAAGGUUUUUGCUGAGUAUCCAGGAAGCUCGGCUCAGUUGCGGGUGCUCUUGGCUUUCUAUGCUACUACCAUCGUGUCUGCUCUAGUGGCUGCGGAGCACAUAUCGGACAACAUAGUCGCCAAACUAUUUCCAUAUAUCCAGAAGGGAUUGAAAUCAUCUUUGCCAGAUUACAGAGCUGCAACGUACAUGAUAAUAUGUCAGAUUUCUGUGAAAGUGACAAUGGAAGAUACCGUUGUUAAUUCAUUGGCAUCACAGAUCAUCAAAACAUUGACCAAGAUUCCCUCUUUGAUCAAGGAAGGAUUAGGUUCCUUGAUAGUGCUCCUGCAGAGACAGAAGCCUGAGAGCCUUGGGAAAAAGCCGUUUACUCACCUGUGUGAUGUUCCCGAUCUUAUUACAAUACUUCACGGCAUUUCUGAGACAUAUGACGUCAGUCCUCUUCUGCGUUACAUGCUUCCCCGUCUGGUUGCUGCCGUCAUUCAUCACGUGUCAGGAGAAGAAACCGAAGGGAUGGAUGGUCAAAUGUACAAGAAACACUUGGAAGCUGUACUCACAAGAAUAUCGCUGAAGAGCGGCUUGGACCGCUUGCUGGCAAGCCUUCUUUUUGAAAAGUAUAUUUCAUAUACUUCACAGGAAGAAAUUGAUUCUGAUAAAGUAUCUUUACUUAAUGAACAGUUUCUUCCACUCAUCAGACUUUUAGAAAGCAAAUACCCCAGAACAUUAGAUCUUGUAUUAGAGGAACACCUAAAAGAAAUUACAGAUCUAAAACAGCAAGAACUUUUUCACCAGUUUAUUUCUCUUUCUACAAGUGGUGGAAAGUAUCAGUUUUUAGCAGAUUCUGAUACCUCUUUGAUGCUCAGUCUGAAUCAUACACUUGCUCCCGUGAGACUUCUGGCCGUUAAUCAUCUGAAAAAUAUGAAAACAUCAAAGGAGGGUAUUGAUGAGUCUUUCAUAAAAGAAGCUAUUUUGACCCGAUUAGGUGAUGAUAAUGUAGACGUCAUUGUGUCAGCUCUAAGUGCUUUUCAGAUUUUUAAACAGCACUUUAGUUCAGAAGUGACUAUUUCAAAUCUUCUGAAUCUCUUUCAAAGAGAAGACUUUUCAAAGAAUAGAGAAUGGUACAAGGUACUUGAGAUAGCAGCAGACAUAUUAAUUAAAGAAGAAAUACUAAGUGAAAAUGAUCAGUUGUCAAAUCAGGUGGUUGCACAUUUGCUGCCGUUUAUGGUCAUCAGUAAUGAUGAUAUGCAAUCUGCUGAGAUGAAAAUUGCUAUAUAUUUAUCAAAAUCAGGAAUUUGCUCUCUGCACCCUCUAUUAAGAGGCUGGAAAGAAGCUCUUGAGAAUGUGAUUAAAAGCACAAAGUCAGGAAAACUAAUUGGUGUAGCAAACCAGAAGAUGAUCCAGGUGUUGGCCGACAAUAUAAAUUCAGGAGAUCCUUCCUCCAUGUUAAAGAUGGUGGAGGAUUUAAUAAGCGUUGGUGAAAAGGAGUCCUUUAGCCUGAAGCAGAAAGUGACAUUUCACGUGAUCGUGUCUGUGCUCGUCUCUUGCUGUUCACCUUUAGAAGAAACUCAUUUUCCGUUUGCAAUAAGAGUCUUCAGUUUGUUGCAGAAAAAAGUAAAGAAGCUUGAAAGUGUUAUGACUGCAGUGGAAAUCCCCUUGGAAUGGCACUUUGAACUGAUGGUCGACAGAGGGAUACCAGUGGAGCUCUGGGCGCAUUACAUAGAACAGCUCAACAGUGCCCAGAGGGUUGCUGUGGAGGACUCAGUUUUACUUGUAUUUUCCUUGAAAAAUUUUAUUUAUGCACUGAAGGCUCCUAAAUCUUUUCCUAAAGAUGAUACAUGGUGGAAUCCUGAACAGCUGGAAGAAGACAGCAGAGACUACCUGCGCUUGCUUAUUGGGGUCUUUGAGUUAAUACUCGGGGGUGUUGAUACCGUUCAUUUCAAGGUUCUGAUGAAACUUUUUAUAAAGGUACAUCUAGAAGAUGUUCUUCAGUUAUUCAAGUUCUUUUCUGUUUUAUGGACCUAUGGUUCUAGCCUUUCAAAUCCACUUAACUGCACUGUGAAGACAGCACUGCAGACUCAAGCUCUUUAUGCAGGCUGUGCAAUGCUCUCUUCGCAGACGACAGAGCAUAAACGACAACUGGCAUCCGUAUCUUCUCCAGUGGUGACAUCUCUACUCAUUAAUCUGGGAAACCCGAUAAAAGAAGUUCGUCGGGCUGCCAUUCAUUGUCUCCAGGCCCUCAGUGGAGUAGUGUCCCAUUUUCAUCUGGUAAUAGGUCAUUUGGUUCCUAAAGCGGAGGAGAUCACCUCAGAUGCCACCUAUGUAGUUCAGGAUUUGUCUGCUUUAUUUGAGGAACUACGGAGAGAAAAGAAAUCAAAAUCUCAUCAGAACUUGUCUGAAACUUUGAAAACCCUACUUUAUUGUGUAUAUAGUUGCCCAUCUUAUAUUGCAAAAGAUUUGAUGAACAUACUUCAGGAAGUCAGCGGUGAAGUGGUGCUUUCUCAGCUAUUGCCUACUGCUGAACAACUACUAAAAAAGAUCCAGAAGGAGCCCACAGCUGUCCUGAAAGAUGAGGCCAUUCUUUUGCAUCUCACUCUGGGAAAAUAUAAUGAAUAUUCAGCUUCCCUUUUACAUAAGGACCCAAAGUGUCUAGAUAUAUUUAUAAGAGCUGUGCACACAACAAAGGAACUUUACACAGGAGUGCCAACCACUCAGAUCACAGCCCUCGAAAAGAUUACGAAACCAUUUUUUGCAGCUAUAGCAGAUGAAAAAGUUCAGCAGAAGCUUUUGCAAAUGUUGUUUGAUUUAUUGGUGAACUGUAAAAACUCACAUUGUGCCCAGACUGUUAGCAGUGUUUUUAAAGGGAUUUCCGUUAAUGCUGAGCAAGUCAGAGUAGAACUAGAGCCACCGGAUAAAGCUAAAGCCUUGGGCACAGUUCAACAAACAAGAAGGCAGAAGAUGCAGCAGAAAAAAUCACAAGAUCAAGAAUCUGUUCAGGAAGUUGGAGGGUCUUACUGGCAAAGAGUAACCCUCAUCCUAGAAUUACUGCAGCAUAAGAAGAAACUCAAAAGCCCUCAGAUAUUGAUACCAACUCUUUUUAACUUGCUAUCAAGGUGUUUAGAACCUUUGCCACGAGAGCAAGGAAAUAUGGAAUACACCAAACAGUUAAUUCUUAGUUGUCUGCUCAACAUCUGCCAAAAACUCUCUCCAGAUGGUGGCAGAAUACCCAAAGAUAUCCUAGACGAGGAGAAGUUCAAUGUGGAAUUGAUAGUUCAGUGCAUUCGCCUUUCAGAGAUGCCCCAGACACAUCACCAUGCCCUUUUACUUUUGGGUACUGUUGCUGGAAUAUUUCCAGAUAAAGUUCUACAUAAUAUUAUGUCCAUUUUUACAUUUAUGGGAGCCAGUGUCAUGCGCCUGGAUGAUACUUACAGUUUUCAAGUUAUUAACAAGACAGUGAAAAUGGUUAUUCCAGCCCUUAUUCAGUCUGGUAACGGAGACUCUGUAGAAGUCACAAGAAAUGUGGAAGAAAUUGUCGUAAAGAUCAUGAAUGUGUUUGUGGAUGCACUGCCGCACGUGCCGGAGCACAGGCGCCUGCCCGUCCUCGUUCAGCUGGUUGAUACACUGGGCGCAGAGAGGUUCCUCUGGGUUCUCCUCAUCUUGCUUUUUGAGCAGUACGUCACUAAAACAGUGCUGGUGGCCGCCUGCGGAGAGAAGGAUGCUAUUUUAGAGGCGGACACUGAAUUUUGGGUUUCAGUCUGUUGUGAAUUUAGUGUCCAGCAUCAGAUUCAAAGCUUGAUGAAUAUCCUGCAGUACUUAAUAAAGCUGCCAGAGGAAAAAGAGGAGCCCAUUCCCAAAACAGUGUCUAGUAAGAGUGAACCCCAAGAAGGAAUGCUACAGAUUUUUAAUGUAGACACUCACACUAGCAAGCAGCUGCGGCAUUUUAAAUUUUUGUCAGUGUCCUUCAUGUCCCAGCUCCUGGCUUCCAAUAAUUUUCUCAAAAAGGUCAUUGACGGUGGUGGUCCGCAGAUUUUAAAAGGCCUUGAACAGAGGUUGCUGGAAACUGUUCUUGGCUAUAUUAAUGCCGUAGCACAGGCCCUGGAAAAAAAUGCAGACAAGCUGACUGUGAAGUUCUGGCGAGCACUCCUCAGUAAAGCCUACGACGUGUUAGAUAAGGUCAACGCCUUGCUGCCCACAGAGACAUUUAUCCCCGUGAUCAGGGGACUGGUGUGCAACCCCCUCCCAUCCGUUCGCCGGAAAGCACUGGAUCUUCUGAAUAACAAGCUGCAGCAGAACGCACACUGGAAGGAGAAAACUGUUUAUCGUUUCCUAAAACUGGUCCCGGUCCUUUUGGCCAUUGUGCAAGGAGGAAAGGAGGCAGAAGAAGAACAAGCAAUAAACAGACAGAUGGCUUUGUAUACCCUAAAACUUCUGUGCAAGAAUUUCGGUGCAGGACAUCCGGAGCCCUUUGUCCCUGUGUUGGACGCUGCAGUGAACCUGAUCAGUCCAGAAAGGAAAGAAGAGAGGAACGUCUUGGGAAGUGCCCUGCUUUGCGUAGCAGAGGUGGCCUCCACCCUGGAGGCACUGGCCGUCCCUCAGCUUCCCAGACUGAUGCCCUCGCUGCUGGCCACCGUGAGGAAUACCAGCGCGCUGGUCUCCAGCGAGGUCUACCUGCUCAGCGCCUUGGCUGCCCUGCAGAAGGUGGUCGAGACUCUCCCACACUUCAUCAGCCCCUACCUAGAAGGUGUUCUGUCCCAGUGUGCCCUGUUUGUUUCUACCGUGAAAGGUUUCUUAAUCCUCAGGUGUCUUGCAAAGCAGAAUUCCUACAUUGCAGUUUCUUUCAUUUUUCCUUUUCCCCCAUCUACAGAUGAAGCAUUUUUUGACUCUGAAAAUAACACUGAAAAGUGCUGCUUGCUGCUGCAGUUUAUUUUGAACUGUUUGUAUAAAAUCUUCCUCUUUGAUACCCAGCACUUCAUAAGUAAAGAGAGAGCAGAAGCCUUGAUGAUGCCUCUGGUGGACCAGCUAGAAAACAGACUUGGAGGAGAAGAGAGUUUCCAGGAACGGGUGACAAAGCAGCUGAUCCCAUGCAUCGCACAGUUUUCAGUGGCCAUGGCAGAUGACUCGCUUUGGAAACCACUGAACUACCAGAUUCUGCUGAAGACGAGAGACUCCUCCCCUAAGGUUCGAUUUGCUGCUUUGAUUACCGUGUUAGCACUGGCUGAAAAACUAAAGGAGAAUUAUAUUGUCUUGCUACCAGAAUCCAUUCCUUUCUUAGCAGAAUUGAUGGAAGAUGAAUGUGAAGAAGUAGAGCGUCAGUGCCAGAAGACGGUUCAGCAGCUGGAAGUGACACUGGGAGAGCCGCUCCAGAGCUACUUCUGACCUUUCCUCCUGGGACUUCAUGCCUGGUUCAGAGUUCACAUUUGUUUUUCAUAUUUUUAUUUUUGGCUGUUUGGUGCCAUGUUACUUUUGGUGCCUUAACACCUAUUUGGACUUAAUGAAUAUUUAAUCACUAGUUUACAAAAUUCCCACCUGGUUUGUGCUGCCACGUAAGCCUCUCCUGCCAACUGUAUGGAGCUGCAGAAAGAGUAAAUGAUACAUGGAGUUUAUUUUA